GCAUAUAUAUUUUAUAGUACUAAUAUUGAUCAAUAUUUGUGUCCCCAAUUAUACCUAAAUAUCGAAUGUUGGUUGUGAAAAUUGUGGUAUUGGAAAGCAAAUUUUAUAACAAAAACAAAAUAAAAAUUGGAUCUUGGGUGUUUUUGGAGGACAGCGACAGCAGCAAAGUAAAAGGGUUGUUAUUUGUGUUGAGAAAAUGACCGUGUAUACUGUACACGGUUCACAUAUCCAAUUUAACCCCAUAGAACAAGCCAAAAACACAGUUGGAUUGACUGUGUAAUUCACAUGAAAGGCUGCUCCUGCUAGAUGGCAAAACAGAAAUUAAAGGUCUCUUGAUAAAUAAAAAUGGUUCUACACUAAAAAAGGGGCUCAUUGAGCUAGUAUGAUAUAUCAUUGGGUUUAUACAUUCUUUGCCAUUUGUGCAUUUGCCAUUUGUGCGAGUGGGCCUUAUCUGUAUCCUCAUUUCAAAAGCAGCUUUAUAUUUAUGAAGCAGACAGGGGAGUAAGUAAAGAAUAGGGAGUUUCCCGGGCAUGAGGUGUUAUGAGUGUGCAAACAAAGUAUCUUCCAUUUUAAAAGAGGUCUAAACCUCUGUCCCUGUCUGUGUUUGUGUGCUUUGGGGGAGAGGAGAGAGAGGAGACCUAUGUUUUUAUAAGUUCACCUGUAAAGUUGCUCCUGGUAAUAAAGGCCAGAGAAUUUAUUGUGCAGAGACAGCUAAGCAGUACCUCUCCCCUCUCCAAUGAUGAAGGUGGUUUUGUUGCAUGAAAGGAUCAAUAGAUAAAGGGGGCCAUAGUCAUUUACCUCCCAAUCAACAAGAUUCUGGCAGCGAGGAAUGCAGCAGCAGCGAGUCGGGGUGGACGACGUACAUAGCCUCCCCGGACCUCCUCGAGCACGAGUAUGCUGAUCAGAACAAUGAAGAUGACGACAACGACGACGAUGUCAACAUAGCCCGAAAGGGAUUCAAGAAAGCGGAGCAAGAAGAAGCAGCAGCGGAUAGCGAUGACUCGAUGGCCUCUGAUGCUUCCUCUGGUCCUAGUGAUAAAUAUGGAUAUCACGGCAGAAGCCAUGGGGGUUUGAGCCUUGCAGGGAGCAACAAUCAAAGAAAGGCGGCUGCAAAGAAACAGGAAGAGAAGAAGAAACAGAUAAAGGGAGAAAGGGACAAAUCUGGCAACAGUGCAGGAAGAUUGAAGAAAUUUUAACCAUAUGUGAA